GUCUAUGUAGGCAACACCAUCAUCUUCACCACGACGCUAAAAAAAUGAAAAAGUACGCUUUUUUAGAUAUCAUGCUAUUUUGAUCUACAUCUACAUAACCGCAUUUGCUGAAGAAUGAUGUCAAAAUUUUCACGAUGCAUCUUCUGAAUGACUGUGAACUGAAUCUGAAUUUGAACUUAAGAACAGAAAUGGUCGCUUUCAGCAUCGCCACGAUUUACCAGGAUUCUUCCCCAACCUCUAGAUUGCAACUCAUUGGAACGAUUGUGGAUUUGAGUUCCAAGAACCCAUCUUGUAGGAGAACAAAAACAAAAAGAUCUUCGAUGUGAUACGGCAACUACUGUGUAUCUAUAACGACUUUUAGUAUUUAUAAUCUAUGCUUCUGCAUCUGCUCUGUUGAAGUUGAUUCCUCGAGUAUCAUUAAAUUACAAUUCCAUUCCAUUGACUAUUCGUAUUCCUUGUCCCUCUUUCGAAAUUUCCGUGGGUAGUUGGUUCUAUCAGCUGUUGCUGCCAUGCUUUGCUUCUGUGUUAACAUCUAACAGAACAGAGCUACGUUAGCUUUGCUUCUGUGUUAACAUCUAACAGAACAGAACUAUUGGAGGUUUCGACAGCAUUGCUCGUGGAGCGAGGAAAACAACAUGAACUUCAGCAUGAAGAUUCAUAACGUGUCCUCACCAUUUCCAUUUGCACGACAUCACGCGGCAACAAGUCUAGCAUUUGCCUAAGCAUCAAAAGUUAAAAAAUUUGGAUUCUCCAGGACG